UUUAGUUUUUUGCGCGUCUUUGAAAAGUACGCUAAUUGGAAGUUUUGAAUUAUAAUUUUUCACAAAAUUUGUUUAUAUCACCAUUUAAUGUUAAGUUAAUAAGUUUUUUCCUGCGAUAUGGAUGAAGAAUUCUUGAAAUUUUUAGUUAAAGAUGGUAUUUCUACAAAUAUUGGGCCCAAUACCAAAGAAAUUCUAUUGCAACAGGCGGAAAGUGAAUAUUGUAAUGGUAAUAUGAUUGCCUCAAUAUUUUAUCAAACCUAUUCUUUGUAUCAAUCCUCGCAAGAGCGUUACAAUCAUAGUUCCGGAAAGUGUAAUGAAAAUAAGGCUGAAAUGUCUAACAAGGCCGAAGUGGAGACUUUAAUGGCUGAAAUGAAUGCCAAAGAAAUUUCGGAGUUUAGCAGCAAUUCCCUUAUGCAAUAUGUUAGUAAAUCACUUACAAAAAUGUCUCAAAAGACUAAAAUCAAGCAGUCAUCUGCGCAAGCCUCCAAUAGUCUAGAAAAUUGCAAUUUUCUUAAAGAUAUAACAAGUCCCGCGGAGGGCAUAACAAAAUUAGUAGAAAUUUGUGAACAAUUACCGGAGGAAUGGACUAUUAUCCAAUUGUGUAAAGGUCCCCGGGCAGAAACCACCUAUUCCAUAUUUCCCAAAAUCCAUGAAAGUGAUGCUGCCAUAUAUAUGACCUUAAUAAAACAUGGCCGUAGUGCGGAAUAUAGUACGCCUAUAUGUUUGCGUUUCUCUAGUGCCGAACAAAAGAAACUUUAUGAAAGUUUCGGCUGUAUAGUCAGUCGUUUUCAACAAUGUGUUAAAAUAGAUCCCAAAGAAGUUAAUACCACCGAGGCUAAACGUUUCUAUUGGUCACUCUUGGAGGAGCUUAAUCAAUUUAUAGCAACUACCUGUACGGAUUUGUGCAAUUUUUUCUAUCCGUGGAAUUUUUUAUUUACUGGUAUAGCCUUUUCAAAGUCUCAACAAAAUCUAGCACGUCAACGUUGGUCAAAGGUUGACGAAUUUUGUGAUAUGUAUGGUUGGGAGAGUGAUGCUAGGGUCUUACUAUCUUUGGCUGCUUCUAAUGCAGAAUCUUUGGAUUUAGUACAAAUAGAGGAUAUUUGUUCUAUACUUACUACAAAUUCUAAGGAUCAUGCCAUUGCAUGUGAUAUGUUGAAAAAGAUGCAAACGGAAACUGACAGUAGCAAUGGAAACAAAGUGCAACAUUUUCCAUGUAUUUUAAUUGUUGAUGAGCGCCUAGAUCAUUUCUUUUGGGAAGAAAUCAAUGUUCAACAAGAGUUUACCCGUGUUAAUUCCAUACAAUGUCUAUAUCGUUUAUAUCAUUAUUACAAAUCGGACAUAAAACAAGGUUAUUUAUGUGUCAAUAUAACAGAUGGUUGUUGCCUACUAAAUCCAGAUAAAAAUUUACCCAAAAUGGAGUCACGUAUGGUUAGUUUUUUUGAAUAUUGGACACCGCAUUGGACAAUGUUAGUGGGACAACGACCGAACCAAGAUGAACUCUUCAAUAAGUAUUUAAGUCGCAGUUGUUAUGUCUAUGCUGGUCAUGGUUCUGGUUUACAAUAUAUAAAUGGUCGCAAAAUUACCAAACAUCAAAUGCAUUGUGUGGUUUUUUUAUUUGGUUGUGAUUCCUCACGUCUACAUUCAAGUGGCCUGUAUAGUGAAUUAGUAGGACCUCAUUUGUACUAUCAGGCAGCAAUGUGUCCUGCGUUAGUUGGCACUUUAAUGCCUGGCCUAGAUUGUAAUAUGGAUAAGAUAGCCACGGAAAUACUUAGUCGUUGGAUUGCACCCAAAUCUACAAAUGUUUUGCCCUGGAAUGAAAUUGAUGAAAGAGCCUGGAUAAAAGAAUUUAUCAUUAAACCCAAAACUUGUACGACUACGGCAAAGUCUAGUACAACACCACCAUCUGUGGCCACCACACCCAAUUAUAAUGUGGGUAGUUUGUGUACCAUUUUAGCCAGAGUUCAUCAGCGUGUGUGUGAACCAAAACUCUAUAAUACUGUACCCUAUGUUUGUCGUGGUCUACCAGUCUGGAAUUGUAAUGUAGAACCACUAACUACCUCGACAACUUGAAUUGAAAGUAAAAAAUUCAGCAGAGAAAGGAAGCUGUCCAAACAUUUUGCUCUAGUUCUCGAAAAAAAAACUCUACGACAUCUUUUUAAGUAGUUUGUAUAAGUUUGUGUGAGAAAUAAAACUUUGUUCUUGCACGACUUAAGGAAACUAUACACACACACUACACUCUACAUACUACAAAUUCGUAAUGAAAUGCAAAUGUUUUCCUUGUUGUUAAAUACUACAACAGCAACGAACGACAACAUAUUAUCAUACGUAUUAUUCGUAUUAUAUAUUCAUAUUCCUGUACAUACAACGAAUGCAGAUGAUGAUGAUGAUGAAACUACUUGAGAUGUGUAACCAUUUACACUAACACACUUAAAAAUGUGAAUGGAUACAACAAUGACUACAACGACCAACAAACAUGAACCGGAGAUAACCUGAAACCCAAAAAAGGAAGACACAAGAAUCGAUACUUGCUUGUCAUCCAUCUAGGAACAAAAAAUAUAUUUUAUAUAUAAAAAAUAUAUAUAUAAUCAUAAAAAAAGAAAACUGAAUAAAAUAAUAUAAAAUUGUACCCAAGGCGAAUAAAAAAAAGAAAUGAAAUGCAACAAAAAAGUCGUAGCAUGUGUAUUGAAAGCACAUUAUGUUAGUAAGGAUGUGCUACAUGUUCUCUCUACACACACACACACACGCUGCCUUGUAUUUAUAUUGAAAAGGAAAUA